AUGUUGAGGCGCUCGUCUGUGUUCGCGGCGGAAGUUUUUGAUCGUUCCCCCACGGAUAAAGAGUUGGUGUCCCAGGCCAAGGCGCUCUGUCGGGACUACAUCCACUCCAGGCUGCACCGCGCCGGGUUAGGCUUGACCAAACCCGAGCACGGACGCGCUGCAUCAGGUGGUUCUCUGGGGGAGAUCUCCACUGUGCUCAUAUGGCUGGGUGACGAGCUGGAGUACCUUCGGCCAAAUGUUUACCGUAACGUGGCUCGACAGCUCAACAUCACGGUGGCUUCGGAGAGCUUGGUGUCCGACGCCUUCCUGGCUGUCGCUGCCGAUAUCUUUUCCACAGGAGUGACUUGGGGGAAGGUGGUGUCUCUGUACGCUGUUGCCGGGAGUUUGGCAGUGGACUGUGUGAAGCACGGACACCUGGCCAUGGUCCACACCAUCGUGGACUGUAUGGGGGAGUUCGUCCGCAAGAGUCUGGCCUCGUGGCUGAAGAGAAGGGGAGGCUGGGUGGACAUUACGAAGUGUGUGGUGAAUACAGACACCAGUUUCCGCUCUCAUUGGCUCGUCGCCGCCGCCUUCACGUGUGGACACUACCUCAAGGCCAUAGUUUUGUACCUUCUUCGGGACAAGUGA